UGACGCCAUUUACAGCCCAAAUCCCGACCUCCUCUCCGGAAAGAGAGAAAACACACACACACACACACACGCGCGCACACAUGCAUCGACACACACACACACACGGGUGGGGGGAAAGUACGGAGCUUUGCGGAUAAAACACACCGAAAGAAAACUCGUCGCGAGCCGCCCGUGUUUCUGCUCCCUCUCGGCUCCGAACGCUUCCAGGCGGCGGAUUUGUCAGAGUUUGCUCGGUUUGUGGACUUUUAAUGGAUUUUACCGACGUCUUCCCGGACUGAGCGGCCGCUGCGGGGAGGGCUGGGGAAGUCUCCGGAGUUUGGAUUUAUUUCAGCGACACGGGAGCGAAAGUGUGGGAAAAUCACGGACUUCAGAUGAGUCCCCUGUCAGCCAGAGUGGCCCUUCAGUCCCGAGAUGGAUUCCAGAAGUCAGAGCGACAGCGACGGGGGAGGAGGGCACCGUGGGCAUUCGCCGCCGCCGCCUACGCCGCAUGACGAAGGGAGGCUGCAGCCGCGGGGCAGCGCCGGCCCGACAGAUCCCGGACCCCACAACAGGCAGCUCGGCGUGUCGCUGGUGCUUUCUCUGGAUCAGAUCAGGAUAACCGGGAGCAGUAAUGAGUACACCGAAGGGCCCACGGCGGCCCCGAGGUCGCCCGCCACGCUGCAGAGGCAGCAGAAGAGCCAGUCGGUCCCGUCGUUGGGUUCCACCGCCGGCGGCCAGCAGCAGACGCAGGAAGAGAGGCCCAUCAAUCUCCACAGCCUGAGCUCGCCGACUCGGCAGGGAAGCGUGGCGGAGGGGUCCGGGAGCAGCGUCCGGGGCAGUUUGGGCAGCGGCGCGUCGGCCCAGAGGCUCCUCGCCGGCGAGCAGACAAUCAGGACUCAGCCCAAACGCUGCGAGCACGGCUCGGAGGAGCUCAAGCCCCUGAGCGACGGCUCCAGGCCGACGGCGGCGGCGGCGACGCCGGGCGGCGGGGCCCUCGGGGGCCGGAGGAUCCACUCGGACCGGUGCGAGGACUGCGGCCGGUGCCGGUGCCCCGAGUGCCGCCGCCCCCGCUCGCUGCCCGCCUGCUGGACGUGCGGCCGGCGCUGCAUGUGCUCGGCGCAGAGCGCCGUGGAGUACGGCACGUGCGUGUGCUGCGUCAAGGGGCUCUUCUACCACUGCUCCAGCGACGACGAGGACACGUGCGCGGACAAGCCCUUCUCGUGCACGCAGUCGCACUGCUGCGUCCGCUGGACCGCCGUCACCCUGCUGUCCCUCGUCUUCCCCUGCGUCCUCUGCUACCUCCCCGCCAAGGGCUGCGUGGCGGCGUGCCAGAGCUGCUACGACCGGGCGGCGCGGCCGGGCUGCCGCUGCCGGGACUCCGCGCCCGCCCGCCGCCGCCGCCAGGACGCCGGCAAGCCCACGUAGACGCCAGAGACUCCCGACUGAACGCAGCCGUGUAGCCGUGUAGCUGCGAGUAGCUUAGAUUGUUCUGGAGGAUCCUAAACCCUCGCUGAGCAGCAGACGCGUACUAAAGGCACUGGAGGUGUGUUCACUCACUUUAGUCUAACUUGAAAGGUAAACCAAAACAAGCGCUCCACGUUUCCAGGUAUGAAGACACAUUCAACUACUGUUUUUUUGUUUUUGUUUUUUUUUUUUUUUUUGCCCUGCACAGUAAUCUAAUCCCUCAAGUGCCCUGACGCCGUUACUGCCACCAGAGUCCACAUGCAUGGCCUUGUUCCUUUUUUUUUAUUUUUUUUUUUUAACAUUGAAUACGACUCACAUGCUAAGACUCCUGUUACUAACUACGUAGUCGAGGGUUUGUACACGAGACACAGAGCUCCACAGAUGUUUUAUUUUUGUACAUAUAAUACUUCAACUGUGAAUUUAUUUUUCUUUUUUCCUUCCACACCGGAGGCACCUUUUGAUAAAUCGGUUAAAUUCCUUCACACGAUGUUUGUACAUUCACUGGAAUGUCUCUCAAUCACUUUUAUGUAAUUUCCAGAGGAAAGAUCACAUCCCUUCUGCUUGUAAAUUGUACAGUGACCUUAUAUGAAAAGUCUAUUUUCUAAUUCCAGCAUUGCUUAGUGUAAAGUUAAAACAAAUCUAUAUUUAUUUGAAGGUUUAUUAUUUUAUAAUGAGACAAAUAUUUAUUUUGAGACAGCCGGGGUAAUGUUCUGUAGUCACUGCAGGAUCGGAGCGUCAAAGCUGGAGGAAUAGUUCACUUUGGAUUAGGAGACAAAUAUAUUAACGUUUGAAAUUAAACAACCUUGAAGUCUGA